AGUGUUAAGCAAAUACAGGAACCAAAAAAAGUUGUAGAGGCUGCUUUAGACGGUCUCAUUUAGUUCCUUUGUGGUCCUCUUCUUCACCACAUGCCAAAGCAGUUCUUCAUUACCUGUGAGACCAGAACAUCUUGGGUGUGGAACAAUGGAAGAGCUGGAUGCUUUAUUGGAGGAAUUGGAACAAUCCACCCUCCAGGACAAUGAUGAAUAUUCUAACCCAGCUCCUCCUUCCCUGGAUCAGCAUUCCAAAAAGGAGAGUAACCUUGCUGAGGCUUCAAAGAUCCUGCCCCAUCAGGGUAACACAAAUCCCUCCUCGGUGCAGCUUGUGUAUACUACAAGUAUCCAGGAGCCCAAUGUCUACAGUGAAGUUCAAGAGCCAAAGGAAUCACCACCACUUCCUAAAACUUCAGCAGCUGCUCAGCUGGAUGAACUCAUGGCCCAUUUGAGUGAAAUGCAGGCCAAGGUUGUGAUGAAGGCAGAUGCCAGCAAGAAACAGUUUCCAGACAAGCAGGAUCACAAGGCUUCCCUGGAUUCAAUGCUUGGGGGUUUGGAGCAGGAAUUGCAGGACCUUGGGAUUGCCACCGUGCCCAAGGGCCACUGUGCUUCCUGCCAGAAACCGAUUGCUGGGAAGAUGAUCCAUGCCCUAGGACAGUCAUGGCAUCCAGAGCACUUUGUCUGUACUCACUGCAAAGAAGAGAUUGGCUCCAGUCCCUUCUUCGAGCGGAGUGGCUUGGCCUACUGCCCCAAAGACUACCACCACCUUUUUUCUCCACGCUGUGCCUACUGCGCUGCUCCUAUUGUGGAUAAAGUGCUAACAGCAAUGAACCAGACAUGGCACCCAGAGCACUUCUUCUGCUCUCACUGUGGAGAGGUGUUUGGUGCUGAAGGCUUUCAUGAGAAGGACAAGAAGCCAUACUGCAGAAAAGAUUUCUUAGCCAUGUUUUCACCCAAGUGUGGUGGUUGCAACCGCCCAGUGUUGGAAAACUACCUUUCAGCUAUGGACAAUGUCUGGCACCCAGAAUGCUUUGUGUGCGGGGACUGCUUCAGCACUUUUUCUACUGGCUCCUUCUUUGAACUGGAUGGACGUCCAUUCUGUGAGCUCCACUAUCAUCACCGCCGAGGAACCCUCUGCCAUGGAUGUGGGCAGCCCAUCACUGGUCGCUGCAUCAGUGCCAUGGGUCAUAAAUUCCACCCUGAGCACUUUGUGUGUGCAUUCUGCCUGACACAGUUGUCAAAGGGCAUCUUCAGGGAGCAGAAUGACAAGACCUAUUGUCAAUCCUGCUUCAAUAAGCUCUUCUCACUCUGAUCUCAACCAAUCUACAACUUUGUCAAAUGGCUUAGAAAAUGUAAACCAAGAUGAGAGAGUAUAUUUGCUGUUACUGACCCUUUGCUUAAAUAGGCUUAUAGAGAAUGUAAAGGUGAUGAGUAAAUAAGGGGACAUCGARACAUUACAUGAUUAGACUUAGAAAUUUUAUUUUAGGAUUCUAGUUUUAUAUCUUUUUAAUCCAGAACUUGGAUUUAGACCUACGUCUUACUAUUAAGUCCCUCUGCAGAUAUAUUUUCUGCAUGCACCUUUUGUUCUACCUCUGGUUUUCUCUUUCUAAUUUCUACCUCUCCUGGUGGCCCUGCUGUCCCUUGGCCUUCAGAUAUGUCCUGCUCCAAGCUUCCUUGUUUCCCUGAAUAAUCACUGCUGUGUCAUURUCCUUGCUGUUAGGAAUCAUGAUACCACUCUUUAAUUCUUUGCCUCUCCCUUCAAUGUAUUUCUCUUUUUCAUGGGGAAAUAGAUUUUUAACUGACAUCCUUGAUAAAUA